UUGUUUUCUUCUUCUUCUUGGCGUUGUUGUUGUUGUCAAACAAGUAACCAGAGACGAGGGCAAAAGGGGGAAUUGGCUUUUUCUUUCUUUUGAAAGUAGUUUAUUAUUCAGCAGCCAUGUGUAUGUUGUAACGAAAGACACGAGGGGAAAGUUGCUGGAGCUUCCUUUUGUUACUGCUACUUUUGUUACAGUUUUUUCCCCCAAAAAAGACACUGGCAACCUUUUAACUUUGCUUCCUUUUGGGGGUGGGAAGACUUUGGUGGUCAUUGUUGGAUAAGUCAAAGCAAAAAAAGGCAAACCCAUUCCUGUUUUUUAAAAGAUUUGGACGGUUUUCUGGAUCAAGACGCAUUAAAAGUGCUUCUAUUUUUUGAAUUUUUUUGUUGUUGUCGAAAGAGUGAAACAUACGUGAGACAAUAAAAAGCACCUUUGCAGAAGAUUUCCAUUAAAAUUACCUUCCUUCCCUUGGAAUAUUGUGAACAUAUUUGUGGCCAUUUAAGGUUUGUGUGAUUUUGCUAAAAUGCAUCACCAACAGCGAAUGGCUGCCUUAGGGACGGACAAAGAACUCAGUGAUUUACUGGAUUUCAGUGCGAUGUUUUCACCUCCCGUGAGCAGUGGAAAAAAUGGACCAACUUCUUUGGCAAGUGGACAUUUUACUGGCUCAAAUGUAGAAGACAGAACUAGCUCAGGGUCCUGGGGGAAUGGAGGACAUCCUAGUCCAUCCAGGAACUAUGGAGAUGGAACUCCUUAUGAACAUAUGACAAACAGGGACCUUGGAUCACAUGACAAUCUAUCCCCUCCUUUUGUGAAUUCCAGGAUACAAAGCAAAACGGAAAGGGGAUCCUAUUCAUCGUACGGGCGAGACUCAAACCUACAGGGUUGCCACCAGCAAAGUCUCCUCGGAGGUGACAUGGAAAUGGGCAACCCCGGUGCUCUCUCGCCCACCAAACCUGGCUCUCAGUACUAUCAGUAUUCUAGCAAUAACCCACGAAGGAGGCCUCUGCACAGUACCUCUGUGGAAGUACAAACAAAGAAAGUUCGAAAGGUUCCUCCAGGUUUACCAUCUUCAGUUUAUGCUCCUUCUGCAAGCACUGCCGACUAUAGUCGGGAUUCACCAGGCUAUCCAUCCUCAAAACCAACAGCCAGCACUUUUCCUAGUUCUUUCUUCAUGCAAGAUGGUCACCACAACAGUGAUCCAUGGAGCUCCUCCAGUGGGAUGAAUCAGCCUGGUUAUAGCGGAAUGUUGGGCAAUUCUUCUCAUAUUCCACAGUCCAGUAGCUAUUGCAGUCUUCAUCCGCAUGACCGCUUGAGCUACCCAUCACACUCCUCAGCAGAUAUCAAUUCCAGUCUUCCUCCAAUGUCUACUUUCCAUCGCAGCAGCACAACACAUUACAGCGCAACGUCCUGUACACCACCUGCAAAUGGAACAGAUAGCAUAAUGUCAAACAGAGGAAGCGGAGCAGCAGGAAGUUCACAGACAGGCGAUGCAUUGGGGAAAGCACUUGCAUCUAUCUACUCUCCAGAUCACACCAACAACAGCUUUUCAUCAAAUCCUUCAACUCCUGUUGGUUCUCCCCCUUCUCUCUCAGCAGGCACAGCUGUUUGGUCUAGAAAUGGAGGGCAAGCAUCAUCAUCAUCUCCCAAUUAUGAAGGUCCCCUACACUCUUUGCAAAGCCGGAUUGAAGACCGCUUGGAAAGAUUGGACGAUGCUAUUCAUGUUCUCCGGAACCAUGCGGUGGGGCCUUCGACUGCCAUGCCCGGUAGCCAUAGCGACAUGCAUGGUUUAAUAGGGCCCUCUCAUAAUGGAGCCAUGGGAGGCCUUGGGUCAGGAUACGGGACAGGCCUUCUUUCCGCCAAUAGACAUUCACUAAUGGUUGGGGCUCAUCGUGAAGAUGCCGUAGGGCUCCGGGGCAGCCAUUCACUUGUGCCAAACCAAGUUCCAGUUCCACAACUGCCAGUGCAGUCUGCUACAUCUCCUGACUUAAACCAGCCUCCAGACCCAUACAGAGGCAUGCCAAGUGGACUUCAAGGACAAAGUGUAUCGUCAGGAAGCUCCGAAAUCAAAUCUGAUGAUGAGGGAGAUGAAAACCUCCAGGACACAAAAUCUUCUGAUGACAAGAAGUUAGACGAUGACAAGAAGGAUAUCAAAUCAAUUACUAGGUCAAGAUCUAGCAAUAAUGAUGAUGAAGAUCUUACACCGGAGCAAAAAGCAGAGCGUGAGAAAGAAAGAAGAAUGGCCAAUAAUGCCCGCGAGCGCCUCCGGGUCCGUGACAUCAAUGAGGCUUUCAAGGAGCUGGGCCGGAUGGUGCAGCUUCACCUGAAAAGUGACAAGCCCCAGACCAAACUUUUGAUCUUACACCAAGCUGUAGCUGUUAUCCUCAGCUUAGAGCAACAAGUCAGAGAAAGGAAUCUGAAUCCUAAAGCAGCAUGUCUGAAAAGAAGAGAAGAAGAGAAAGUAUCUUCAGAACCUCCUCCGCUUUCUUUGACAGGACCUCAUCCUGGGAUGGGAGACACAUCUAAUCAUAUGGGGCAGAUGUAAAAAAAAAAAGGUCCAAGUUGCCACAUUUUCUUCAUGUAAAGCAGAGACCACUUCCUUAACAGCUGUAUUAUCUUAAAACCACAUAAACACUUAUCCCCUUUUUUGUAAUAUAAUAAGACAAGUCUGAAUAGUUAUGAAUCACAGACGCAAGAGAUUUCAGCAUUCCCAAUUCGAAACAAAACAAAAAAAAAGACAAGAAAAAGAAAAGUGCAACUUGAGGGACACCUCUCUUCAACAUAUCACUCAGAAUGUUUCAAGCAGUACGUUAGGAGCUGUAAAUGCACAGCCAAGAGACUGAAUGGCAAUCUUCUCCACACUGUGGGACAAUGCAUUUGUGCCUAAACCUCUUUUGGAAAAAAAUAUAAUUAAUUUGUAAGUCUGAAAAAAAUAUUUAAUUUAAAAAUUGUAAACUUGCAAUAAUGAAAAGUGUACUUCUGAAGAAAAAAAUGAACGUUUUCGUUGGUGUACUAGUCAGCUAGUGUUUAUACUUACUGGAUAUUAAAAAGGGAAGCAUUGCUACCCACGUAUUUACAAAACCAGCAAACGUCCUAAUGAAAACUGAAGUGAUGACAUUAGCCAUUCCUUAGGGUAGGAGGAACAGAUGGAUCUUAUAGACCUAUGACAUACAUACACACACAGACACACACAUAUAUAAAUAUAUAUAAAUAUAUAUAUAAAUAAAUAUAUAUAUAUAUAUUAAAAUUAGUGAAUAUGGUAAGCUUUUGUUCAUUUGUUUCAGACUUUUUUGCUCCUGUAAAAAAAAAAAAGUACUGAUUAACUUUUUUAAAAAAGAUUUUAAUGUAAAUAAGUUUUUUUGUCCAGUUUCUCUCUCCCUUUCUCCCCAUUGGUUCUUUAUUGUAACCUGUAGUGCCAACUCUGUUGCUAGAGGGGCAGUUCAGGAUGAAACGCUGACCCUGACGUUGUUUUAUCAUUCAUAGAUAAAAAGUGAGAGUUGUUUCUUCAGUCUUCUGGGUAGAACACAGGACUUGAAAAGUCACAUCACGUGCAGAUAAACUGCAAGCAGUGUUGCUGAGACUUAGUCCAAACCGAAAUGUGGGGGGAGCGGGGCGGUUUCCAAAUCAUAAGUGUUGCUCUCAUUAGACCCUGUGUCUGGGAUUUUUCAGAGGUACAAGGUUAGAAUGCUACAAUGUUACCACUGUGCCUUCCAAUGUUUAUAUCAUCGAAAACAUAACAUAAUUAAAGGUGGCUGUGAUUUAACGAACCGGUAAAAGUGUUAACUUAAUGUAUGUAGCCUAAAUACAGUAUGCAGCAAGGCAUUUCAGAAUACAUGGUCAGAUUUUUGGCAGGGGACGGGGGUUUUCAAAUGGAAAAACUGCUAGUUGAAUGACAGGUUUUGAUUUUUUACUAUUUAAAAACCCAUUUUUUUCUUCAAACAAGAUUACUGAAAGGUAGACCAUAUGCUGCCUCCUCCUUCAUUCAUGAAAAAAACUCCGCCAAUAUCUAGUUGUCAUGCAGCAUUAGAACAAGCCUUACCCGUUCUAAAGCAUUAAGUUGCACUUUCUUGAGGAGGGGGGAGUAGUACAGUAUUUCUCUGGCCAGUAUGAACCAAGGUUUUUACUUAAUAUAGUAGGAAGCAUAGAUCAAAUCUAGGGCACAGCUACUCAUCCAAUAACUAGCUUUGGGCGCAACUGAACUAGUAUCCAGAGCAAAUCUUCACAAGAUUGGUUUUGGUAUAUAAAACAAUUAACACAUAGUGCUCCCAAUGAAGUCUUUGUCAGCAUCCUUUUGUCUCCAAUUCCAGCUUCAGUUUUUUUUAAUAGUCACACAAACUUGGCAUGUAUUUUUAAAAUGAAAUCUCCCUGUUCAAGUAGAUUUUCCACCUAUCAGCACUGAGUAAACGCCAUAAGUCCAUUGAAAACGGUCUAGACGUUCCAUCUGUUCUCCUGUUUUGCCAGUUACAUAGUAAUGAAAAAAUACAUUUGUAAAUUUUAUGCAACAAAAUGGCAAACGUAUCAUUAUUUUGAAAUUGUGUAUGUAAAAGUUAUAUUUUUACAUGUAGACUCUUGUUAUUAUGUGUUUUAAUACAUUGUAUCAGUUUUUGUUUUUUUUAAAAAAAAUGUGUGGUUGAAACAAAUCUCAUUUCAAUAGUGAGAUGUGAGAAUCUGAUUUUAUGUUUCUGAAAAACAUAACGAACAAAUAUAAUAGUUUACCAUGUGAACCACCCUCUACAUAUCCAUAAACAUUUUGAUUACCUGUGUGUGUGUGUGUGUUGAAAAUUGUAAAUAUGUUCAGUAGCAGUAAAAUUUUAAAAUGCUUUUAUUUGUUAAUAAGUUUCUCAAAUGUGGAGGUGGAUUGAAACCAUUACAAUUCAAAGCAUAAUGAAACAGAGUCCAUGUUCAGUUCAAGUUAAUACAACAAAUGAGUAUUUCACUAUAAAUGCAGUACUUUAAAUACAUUUUAUUUAAACUUACUGGUGUUCUCAAUAUGGCAAAGGAUUCACUUUUAAAGGUCAAGCACAUUAAUGUUGCUCAGGAUUCAGUGUAAAACGAAAAUACAAAUAGUAUUAGGCAGCAUUAUUAGUUCAAGAGAUAAGAUUUUGCUUAAAACAGUAGAUCAAACCAAACUGCCAUCAAGUGAUGCUUUUUCUAUUGACUUAAUUCAAAAUUUGUACUACCCAGUUCAGUCUAAGGCUAUUAAGUGUUGCCCACACACAUAAAUUUUAAGAGUGAUUUUCUGAUAGGAGUCCAUCUCAAAAAUAGAAGAUAUAAUUGCAGUUAGAAAUGCAAAACAAGAUAAAAUACAGGUAAUAAACACAAAUCAAAAUAACCACAAUGCUUUUUUGUUUUUACUGGAAUUAAUUACCUAACUAGAUGAACUGAUGUCAUUCUGUAAACAUGCUCAAACAAGGUCUCUCAUAAUCCAUAAUAAAAGGAUGGAUUUUUAUUACCAUUAUUUCAGUCUGUGCUUCUGGGUAGAGCAAGUGUUGAAACUGGUUAUGUACACAGAACCAGGAGAUGGUUGGCUAUGUCUCAAAUAAUGAACUGGUCGGUGUGGUUUCCUGUUCCAUAAUGGAAUGUAAGCUUGAAAAUGACCAGUCACCCUGUUUUUGGUUGGUAUUUGUAUUUUCGACAUCAUCCAGAUCCCAAGAACUCCUUAGCCUCUGCUACUGCUGUGAUCAUUGUCAAACAGGUUCAGGGUUAGCUGUCCCUUGUUAGUAGACCUGGUGGUGGCUUGACUGUAAAGAACAGGGAAGGCCAAGUGCAUAUGGUUUCAAAGGAUAAAAACUAUUCUAUGGAAUACUACCAGACGUUUAGCGAGUGAUCCACCUCCACAUUCAAGUAAUUUAUGAAUAUGCCGCUUAGGGAAAUCUGUUCAUCUAGAACUUUUUUUCUUUUUUGACAUUUGUCUUAUGUGUAGCUGCAAGGAACACUAAUGUUUAUACAACUGUCAAUUCAACCAGUGAUGCAACUUGUACCGAUGCAGUCUUCCGAUUCGUUUUGUUUGUUAAUUUCCUUUGGAGGGACAGUGGUGGGUGGGAAUGGGGAGGAGGGUUGGAACGGGGAGGAAUUUGCAGGUUUCAUCUUUCUAUCUGAUAGGCAACAUGCAAUCUGUGCCGAAAAGCAAACAAUACAGUACAUUGCCAGGAAUGGAAGCGAAUUCAUCAAGGGAGAAAAAAAGCACAAAUAUAUUAAACUUAGUCCACUGACUGACUCGAGGAAGGGGGAAAUGAUAUUCUAAAGAUGGAAUGUGAUGAAAUUCCAACACAAUGGGGCACCAAGACAUUUUUUGGCUUCUUGUUUUCUUUUACGUUCUUUUUUUAAAUGACAUAUUCUUUCUCAUGGGACUUGAAGUUGAUUCACCUUUGUGCAGUGCUGGUUUGACCAUACUCAUUUCAAGUAUUAUAGACUUAUGUAAUGGUGAAAAUAUAUGAACUGUGGCCUUUUUCAUUCUUGUUACUUGUGAUGCAACUAAGUGAAGAUAAGAGAAAAAAAGCAGAGAUUUACCAUGUAUCAGUGCCUGGCUUUUUGUUACAAAGCUUCGUUUGUCUAGUGACCUUUUUGCUAUAAAAUAGACUGUAGUACACCCUAGUAGGAUAAAAGAAAACCCUAAAUUUAAAAAUAAAAAAAUAUAUUUGGCUUAUUUUUCACAGGAGCAAUCCUUUUAUACCAUGAAUAUUGCAAGGGGAAGGGAGGGGGGAAAUGGUCGGAUUCUGAAUAUUUCUUCUUUGUAGAUUUUUGGAAUCAUUCUGAGUAAAGUUUGUUACUUUAUUUUACUAUUUAAAAGAUGUUAUUUUACCAUGUGUUACUGAGAUAAAAAUUGUAUGGUAGCUACUUCUUUUUCUUUCUUUCUUUUUUAGUUGUAGGUCGCAGUGGGGACAUUUUUUGCGACUGUACACAUAGCUGCAGCAGUUGAAAAGAAAAAGAAAAGAAAAAAAUGAAAAAAAGGGAAAAAUUACAAAAGGGACAAAAAGAAAAAAGAUUAAAAAACAGUUACACUUUGUUUUCAAUGUGUGGCUGAGUGCCUCAAUUUUUUCAUGUUUUUGGUGUAUUUCUGAUUUGUAGAAGUGUCCAAACAGGUUGUGUGCUGGAAUUCCUUCAAGAAGAAAAACACAGCUUGCUGUAGGCCAUUACCUGUUUCCCAUCUGUAGUUAUUCGAUGCCGUCAUGUACAUGACCGUUCUGUAGCAAUAAAUGUGCCAUUUUUAUAAA